AAUAGAAACUCAACCCGUAUAGCGUUUAUGAACGAACAACUAAAUAUUCGAAAAUAGUUGAUACAUAAUUCAUAGUUACAUAAUUCAGACAUAGUUUUACUGUCAGGAUGAGAGGGUUUAAUAUUAUAUUAAUUGUAAUGAUUAAUUUACAAUUCACUAUAUUAGUAUUCGCAAGACUAGAAAAAUACCAACAAUCUAAAAAACUUCUUAAAAUUAUAUCCAAAACGCCAUGCUGGAGUCAAAAUACACAAAUAUUAUGGAAAAAAGUUAUAAUACAAGGUAAGAAAAUUGCAAUUAAUGAUAUUUUAAAGGAAGGUGAUUGGCAAAUCACGGAACAAAAUGUAUGUGAAGUUUCUAAUCUUUUGUCUACGGUUUUGUCUUGUGAGUAUGCUGAGUUGAAUCUUAAUUAUAUAGCUGUAUAUUUAAACACAUAUUUAAGAAAUUAUGAAGCAAAAGGUUCAGAAGAUAAAAAUGUGUACACAUUACUAUACCGUAUACGUAUUUUAAAAGAGUCUUCUAAUUCAUUAGAGUUAUUAAAAAGCUCCGUUUCAGAAAUGAUAUCAACAUUAGUCAGUUAUAUAGGAAAUGUAGAAAACCAUUGCGUAUCUACGAAACACGAAUAUUUGUUGAUGUUGUUAAAUUGGUACUUGCAUUUAAAUCAAUUUGUUAAUAUGUUUUCUACAAUAAUUGAAACAAACAAAGAUACUAUUUCACGGUUAUUAACACAUUAUACAGAACAAGAUGCCUAUAACUGUGACAAAGUUAAAGAAGACGAAUUAAAUAAGGUCUUAAAAGAUUACGUGCAUAAUCUAAUUGUAAUAGGAUUUCAAGUAGAAUCAAAUUUUAAAGCAUAUCAUGCAAAAACCUGUGCACGUAAAUUUGAUUUGAUUCGUUUACCUGAAUUAAAUCCGAUGUAUUUAUCAACACAGUAUGAAAAAUUAAAACAGAAGUAUUUGAUGUAUAUUUCAACAAUAACCAGUACAUCAAAUGGAGUUCUUGAUGUACAUAAAAAACAUGGAAUGCUAGUACAUGGAAUUCAAAAUAAUACAAAUAUAAUUAUAAAAUGGGAUCACGAUGAAUAUUUGUCUUUAAUGGACAUAUAUGAACAGUAUAUUAAAAAUUGUAAUAAUCUAGUGAAUCUUUUAAAAUAUGAAAAAUUAAUCCUUAAUAUAAUGAUAGAUCUUGUACAGAGUAAAGUAGUUAGUGAAUUAGAGUACUUAUUCAAGAAUAAGCAAACUAAUCUCUGUAAAAGUAUAACAUCCGCUUUAAACACAUUUAUGAAGCUAUUGAAUAACUUCCCAAGACUUUUUAUCGAUAAUAUGACUAAAAUGAUUUUUAGAAUAAAUACUAUUAUCUCUUAUAUAGCGAUGGAGGAUACUGAAAAAAAUGUAGAAGAAUUGUUGAAUAAAAUGAAAUCUGAAAUCAGAAUAGAUUUCCCGUAUGAUAAAAUAUGGAGAAUUCCAAAGAGUGAAAUUGAAAUUAAAACAUUAUUUGGCUUUCUAUAUCAAGUUAUUUCAAAUUUAGGAAAAUACACUUAUCUAAAUUCGGAAAUUUUAAAUAUUCUCUGUGGUAAAUCGUAUAUUUUCAUAUCUAAUUGGUCAGAAUAUGCGGUUGAUUAUAAAAUCUUGUACCAUUUUAGAAACAACAGAAUUAGUUUUGAUAGCGAUAAGUGCUCGGCUUUAUAUAAUACAACUGCAUUAGCUCAUAACGUUCUUCAAGUUAGUAUGGAUGGUUUCACACAAAAAACAAUUGUAAAAGAAAGAAAGGUAUCGGAAGAGAAUAUUUUUUCGUUUGAUGUUUUGGGUGAUUUUAACAAAAAAACAUUAAAACUAAAAGAACAGUUCAUUCAUUUUUAUGCCCUGAAAUGUGAGAAUAACAAUAUUACAUAUGGAGAUAGUGAUUAUUGUUUGUUAAAAAAAUUGUUUGCACUGAUUUAUAACAUGGCUAACAGCAAAUUAUACAGUGAUGUAUUUCAAAAAUCAUGUGUUGAAGAAAAUGUUCAAUAUUUAAUAUCAUUCUAUUCUGAUUUAGCAUGGCUAUUAGAGAAGUAUUAUUUCUUGUUAUGUGAUAAUAAAUCUAUACAUACAUUUGAUGGCAUUUUACAAAAGGAAUCAGGCGAAAUGAAUAUUGGACAUGAUAUUGUAAUUGAAGACCUUCUUAAAAUAACAAAUAUCUUUUAUAAUACGCCUGCCCAACAGAAAACGAAUUACGAAAACCCAACCGAUUCUUAUUAUAGUGUUGAUGGUAAGACAUUGUUUGUUGAACACUCAUUCGGGGUUUUGAUACGAUACAAGGAAUUUAUCACACAUAAUGCAGAACGCUUUCGAGGUGAAAAUAUUAAGUUCUAUUCAAACGGGACCCAAAAAUCAAUUAUUGGUUUUGAAACAGAAUCAACAGAAAGUAUAUUAGAAAUUCACGAUAUCGUUGAGUUCCAAUACAUCACAGUCAAGUGGAUAAUAUGCGUUUUUGUUUUUGACCUCAUACUAAUUCUUGAAGUGUUUCAAGAAAAUUCUUCAAUUGAUUUCGAUGUAGAGCCUUUUUUUUCAGAACUGGAACCUAUUAGUGACCUGCCUGAUCAUUUUAUUAAUUUUAGAUUUCUGCGUCAUAGUAUACCUGUUAUAAAGGAAAUUUUAUUGAACAAUUUGGAUAAGAGUAGCAUAGAUAGUGUUAUAAAAUUUUUAACCGGUGAACUGGAAAAUUUCGAUGUUGUAAUACCAUCUUUAUCUAAAAAUUAUAAAUACGAGGCAGAUGUUGAAUUGCUAUUAAAUAAAAUCACAACUGAUGUGAAAAUGGCUCAUUCUUCAGGAUUUCAAUUUAUGAUUGGGUUCUUAGGAUUGGGUGACUUGUUCAAAGGAAAACAAAAAUCAUACAUGACGGACUGCAAUUUUUAUAUUGAUCAGUCUGUUCCAGAAAAUAUAAACUCAUAACAUCGUCUUUUAAUUUAUUUAUUUUUUAUUUUGUCUUUUUAUUUACAUCGAAUUCAUGAUUUUAUGCUUGUUCUUGAGAAAAACCUUCUUUGUUAUAUUCAAUCAAUUUGAGCUGACGGUAUUUCCGAAUACCUGUACAUUGAAAACCGGUAUAGACAGAGUUGUAUUAUUAAUAACAGACUAAUUGAUAACUACUAUUGUUUCGUUAAAUUAUGACAAAUCGAUAUUUGCUAUUGUAUUCCGUGUGAACCUUGAUGUCCUUGUCUAGAAGUUUCUAGUAUUAUUACUAUUACUAUUAUUAUUAUUAUUAUUAUUAUUAUUAUUAGUUUUACGAAAUUAUGUUAUAUUAUGGUAACCUAAUAACAAAACGGUUUUCACGGACUUCGACGCUAGUGGAUGAAAACCUUAAUAAUCCUAGUUUGGUUAACAAUAUAACUGAAAAACCGAUGUCUACAAGGAUUAAGAUAAAAAAAAAAUAAUGAACAGUGUUAUAUGAUGGAAUUAGAACUGGAUUAUUUUAAAAAUAUUUGUUUUGAAUUAAUUAAGAGAUGACAAUAGAAAUUUUAAUAUUUCUCAAAAUAGGUGUUGCCUUCACCUAAAAUUUGUUUGAAAAAAAAUAUAUAAAUAAAAAUACAUUUUGACAGAAUUCUUCGCAUGGAAACUAUACUGUAGGACAUCCUGAAAAUAUACUGAAAAUAGCAAUGUACCGGAGUACUAUCAAAUCUAAAAUGAAUUAUAAAAUGUUUCAUCCAGAAGACCAUUAUGUUAUUAUGUAUAUAUAUAUCCCUUAUAUUGUAACACAAUCUACAUUUUUAAUAAUUUGUAUUUAAUUCCACACACUUCAUUGCAUUAAUAGAAAUUUGUAAUUAUCGAACCAUGAGUUUUGAAAAUUUAUAUAUUUUGUAAAAAUUACUAUCAACCGAAAUAUAUUUCAUCGUAUUUAUCUUAUUCAAUUAUUUAAUUGUCUCAUGGAGAUUAUAUUAUAUUUGUUAUUAUUAAUAAAAUAAAUUAUUCUGAGAUUAAAGCGAAAAAAAUAUUUG